AUGUCAGCGAAUUGUCACACAGCGCACGCACGCGGGGGCGGCUACGGCGUUGAGCCACAAGACAGCAAAUCUUUUUCCAGUGUAUAUGCGCGGGAGCAGCACAUGCACAUUCCAGGACAGCAGCAGCAGAUCCAGCUGCAGCAGCCCGUGUCUUCCCUGCAGCAGCAAUAUGUACUGCAACAACGCGGGGUUCCAUUGCGGCAGAGGCAGCUGCACACGCAGCAGACUAUGCAGCAGCCCGAGGUGCGUCCACACCGGCGAGAUAAAGAGCAGUUUCCGCGGCAACAACACCAGGAGCUUCUGCAGCACCAGGAUUUGGGACAUGCGGGGCUAAACCAACGGGGCUGGGAGGUGCCGUCGCAGCAAACCCACGCAGCAUCAGGCGAGGCGCUGCAGCAGCAGCUGCAACAGCAGCAACUGCAGCGGCAGCAGCAGCUGCAGCUGCAGCAUCAAAUGGAGCAUCAACUUUUGCCUGGUUCACUUCGCGACGACGAGGCGCAGCGUUCAUCCCAGGCCAGCCAGCAGCAGGAGCGCCGCGGGCUGCAAGAGACCCGGCAGCAGCGGCCGAUGCUUGCCGCUGGUGACCCGCAACAGCAGAGACAGCUAAGGAAAGAGGUACCUGGUGCACACAGCGUUGCCCAGGCGAAGGAGCACCGGCGGCAGCAGCAGCAGCAACAACGGCAGAUGCUGCCGCUAGGUAGCGAGCAACAGUGCCUGAAACAGUGGAUGCAUUCCACACAGUCCCUUCAGUUGCAGCAGCAGCAGCUACUGCUGCUGCAGCAGCAGCAGCUCCAGCAGCAGUUGCCGUUCCCGUCGGCAGCCGAGCAGCACGUGGAGCAGGAGGAGCAUCAACGUCUUGUGCCGCCCACCAUAAGCCAAACGGAGCCGUUAUCUUUUGAACAGAUGCUAGAGACGACAGCGGUACACCUGCACCAGCAAAAUGAUUUCCGUUGUCAGCAACCGGCAUACCUGCAGCAGCUGCAGCAGUCCGUGCGAAGACAGGACGCUGAGGAGGCGCAGCUUCCGAUCCGGCACCAGCAAGAGCUCUGUGGCAGCCUCCUGUUGAAAACUGAACCAUCUGAUGAUCCAGAGAAAAGUUAG